AUGGACAGAUUCCAAGCACAAACUCGGAAUGAAAAACCUCAAGAACAAAAGCAACGUCAGAAAACCCAAGAGGGCAAGCAUCUGGUAUGGGACUGUGACAGAAAUCUUUAUGACUCGUUCGAGCUCAACUCUUUCAGGCGUCAACUUGACUCAGCUAUCAGUUCAAGAACCAUGUCCAUGCCUCAUUUAACCGACAGCACUCGAGCUCCUCCUAAUUCGGCCCUUCGCCCACCAGUUUCCAAGAAGCAGUCUUCCAAGUUGUCUCGAUCGAUUCAGAAACUCUUCAAAUCCAUGUUCAAAUUCAGACAAAGUUCGAGUUCUUCACUUUUGUGGAUGAAACAAAGAUCAAAAGAGGAGUACUACGUUGUUUAUGACAAGACAGGUUCACUGACAACCAUUCCCGAGGUCUCGGAGAUUGAUUUUGGAGGGCUUUCGCCAGAGAAUAACUCGUUGGGAGUAAAGAGAACUGCAUCGGAUAGAUUCCCUGCAGCCUCCACUGUCGGUAUAUCAUGUGCUUAAAAUACAGAUCAUUAUAAAGAAGCACAUAGAGAUCACAUAUAGUAUAUCUCAAUAACGAAGAAGCGAUCAAAUAGUUUGU